AUGGCGUCUUCAAGGAGUCGAAAUAUGCGCGAUAGCAAUUUAAGAGAAUUUUUACACGUAAACCUUGAUAAAACAAAAGGAGAAUACCUUAGGAGCUUAGGAAUUGGAAAUCCAAAGUAUGUAGAAACACUAAAGAUGUUUGAGAACCUCGCAAAAAUCGCGGACAGCCUGUGCCAAGGGGUAGAUUCGGACGAUGACUUCGAAAAGUUGAAACAUCGUGUUGUGCCUGUUCAUCCAUUUGCUGUACGAGAGAUAUCAGUGUGGAAUGCACAAAUACGUAAAAGGCUUAGAAGAAAAGCAUAUGUUAAGACAGGUUGGAAAAUUGUUUUGGUAAGAGAUUUGCCAAUGAAAAUCUACGAGCACAUUGAGUGUCUAUGUACUGCAAAUACACGUUAUGCAACAAAUGUCAGUCGAACAAGCAAGGAAGAUAUUGUACAGUUUACUGACAUACGAAAAGUUAAUUACAUCUUCAAACAAGUUGGUGUUGAUGACAGUUUAAAAAAAGCCAUUUCUAAUGUUGGAACAGCAAAGGUCAUAGUAUCUGCUGAAAAACCAUUUAAACUAGUGUACUUAAAGAGCAAGGAACAGCUGAAAGUUAUAGCACACUUUGGAUUUUGGAAUGUACAUGGAGUUGCACAGUUCUAG